AGCGGUCGCCGCUGCCGCCGCGCCGUAGCUCUCAUUUUCACGGCGGCGUCGCGACGCUGCCGGCGGUGCGCGCGUGUUCCUUUUUUUUUCCUUCGGAGUCGCGGCCGAACACGCGUCGUGCCGUGUAGUGCACGCCGCGCCACGGUCCUCUAGUUUGUUAUUUCUACCGGGUGAAUCGCAGGCGCGCGCCGCGCGCAGGGUUGCACUUUGCGGUGAAGUAACGCGCGCACGGCAUUAGCGCAAACAGGCUAUGCGCCUGGGAGAGGUCGCGCGGUUGGGCCGCCAGGUGGCGGUAGGCUGAAAACAGUAGGACGGCGUACACCCUGCAACGGGACCGUCUUUUUCACGGGGAUUGUCGUCCGCGUUUUCUCGCGAUCACCACGGACCUACGGCAGGAUUUUCGGCCCCCGAGGAGCCCAAUGUGGGUGGAAGUGAGAUGGCAUCCAGGGAAAAGAAACCCUUAGCGCCUUCCAAACUGAAACAGAAGGCGAGUAGUGACUCUGGCUUGCCAUCCAAUGAGGUCAAGAAUAAAAAGGGCAAAUCUUUGCCAAGUAUAAAGCAGCAGCAACUUGCGCGAGAGAUUUUUGAUACGGUAGCAACAGGUAAUCAGCUCUCAGCUAAACUAGAGGCGAGCUUGCCACGCAAGAAGGCUCUGAAAACUCUGAAGCGCAAACAGAACUUGAGAGUAGCCAAGGCAAAUCUCAUCAAGUCCAAGGUUACUAAAAAGGUGACAAACAAGAAUAUACGCGGGAUACCUUCUAACGUGAAGAAGGCUGUGAAAGCAAGGAGAGUUAAGCAGUGCGAAGAAUCAACCGUCAGAUCAAUUGGUAUUGCUCUGAGGCUUUCGGAGAGUCAGACAAACAGCGGUGACAACGAAGGCAAAGGAACUGAAACACCAAGUAAAAGUGCCAAGAACAAUCUCAGGACCAAGAAGACCAAAUCUACAUCUUCAAGGAGUGUAGGGGAAUCAGGAAACGAAGACGUACAGGACACAGAGGAGGCCAGUGUCGCAGCCAGCACAAAGAGUAGCCCUAAACUUGGCAAGAAAAAAGCAAUAGAGAGCACUGACUCUUUAUCCAAGAGUGCCAAAACAGCAAAGUCGGCGAGCCUGAAGAAAAAUAGCAUCAAGGACAUUGUUGUAAAAGUAACAGAGCAAAGUGACAGCAAGGGUGCUAAGGGCAAGAAGAGCACUGGCAAGGAAUCAGAUUGUGGUAAUAGCGUCAAAAGCAAUACUAGCAUUGAAAAAGUGACAAAAGUCGUUUUGGAUAAUAAGAGUUCUAUUGAUCUUACUAUAGACGCAGUUAUUGCCUCAAUGUUGAGUGACUCUGAGACUGACAGUCAGCAAAGCGUCACGGAGAAGAUUGAGGGAAAGAUAACGAGAAGUAGGAAGAUGUUGGUGGACGAGAAUAUCGCCGCCGACGUUGAAGUCAAGAAGGAGCCUGAUACCGAGGACACGAAGGUGACGUCAGAUGGGGAAUGUACAGAGGCGGAUCAAGGACUUCAUCUGCAGAACGCGAUCCAGUUGAGGAAGAGAUCGUCGAAGUUACCAUCGCUCAACCACCCGAUCGACCAAGUAUUUCAGAGCAGCUUGCGAAAUGGCAAGCAACGUCAUUUGUCAGAUUCGGGAAAUUCCACCUCGGAUCUCGAUCCCAGAAGACGUAGACUCAAUUCAGACGGGCCUCCUGUUUCAGAUAAUUCGAUAGAACAUAUCUCAGAAUGCGGUGUAAAUAUGGACUCUUGCUUGUCGGAUCCUAGCUGCAACGAAUCUCAGACCACCGUAGCGUCGACUAAGGAGGACGUUUGCUCGACGAAGGAUGACGAUGUGUCCAAGAACUUCGAUGAGAACGCUGAGACCGCAUCGGAAAUCGAGAAUAACAAUAACAGCGAUCGCAUGGACAGAACGGGCGAGAUAGGGCCGACACUGCGUUCCAAGACCAAGACAAAAAGUACGGAGAAUGAAGCAACGAAGGACGACAAUGCCAAGGCGGAGGACACGUGGGUAUCAUCGAAAUGCGUAGACGCGCAGGACGAUUCAAAGAAACUUAAUAAUUUAGACCAAGCUAGAAAAGACAGUAUUUUAGCGAAGCUCGGAGAUAAACCUAAAGGCCGUAGAAAUAGUUUAAACAUAGAUAUGAAGAAGACCGUUAACUCUUUUUACAAUGCAGACAAAUCGGACACUGCUCCGAAGGCGCCGAUAGAUAAAAUUAUAGAAGGCAUUAAAUUAACUAUCGUCAAGUCCAUCGAGGACAAGAUCUAUCGUCCCGGGUUGAGCAAGAACUUCGAUAUGCCCAAGAGUGAGGAAGUGAUUGCACCACUCAGCACGGAGUCUCAGAAGUUGGGACUGGAGGAGAACACCGACGAGGACAAGUCCAUCGUUACGGAAAACGAAAGCACAUCAGAGAGCUCGGAAAAUUCAGUACCAAAAGUGGCCGAUACUGCCAAAGAGAUUGAGAAACUAGUCAUGUUUGAUAUUGAAGAAGCAGAGACACAUUCGCAGAACACUCAAGAGAAUAAAGCCUCUGGUAGCGACAGAAUUCACGAUGUACAUAAUACCUGCGAGUCUACGUGUAAUAUAAGUAGUAAUAGUGGCACAUCUUGCAACAACGUGAAUGAGUCCGAGGCGGGAAGCGUUGGCUGUAGUACGGCCAACGACACAUCGACCAAUAUCAGCGAUAACGAUUCCAAGUUAUCGGACGAAAACAAGAAGGCCGUCACUAUUACCCGCAAAUCCCCGAGGAUCAGUGACAAAAGUUCCGACAGCGCUGGCAAUUCCGAGACGAGGAAAUCGAAUAGAACACCGAACAAAGUAGCCUCGAAGUUGGACAAUGCGGACGUGGACACGCAGAAACCUUCGAACGAGGACAUAGUUGCUUGCGACUCGCCGAAAGAGGACACGGUGUCUCACCAGCAUUCGGAUGAUAACGCCGUAUCCUCGCCGAUACCUGCAUCUUCUGAGCAAACAGAAGAGAGCUUGCCAGAAGAACACUCGCAAACGAGGAGCACGGAAGAGUCGGAAACUGAAAUCUCUCUGAACGUUUCCGGUGACUCGGAGGAGUCGGAAACGCUGGAAAGUAUAUCGCGCGAGGUGGAGAGACUAGUAGCGGGAGAUCAAGUUGUUAGGUCGCCGUCGAGCCCUGCGAACGACGCUACGCAGAGCGAAGAGGUGACUCUCGAUGUGAAAGACGAGGAACACGAGGUUCCAAAUAAACACGAAGCAUCUGCUUGUCGCGAUGACAAUUUCACGACGUCGGGAUCAGCGGCCGACGUCGCGAACGAGACGUCGAGCAAGAAUCGUGCGGAUGGGAAACCUGUCGACGCGACUGAAACGUUAAAGGAGAAUGAUGCUCCCGAUGAGACGGCGCAAGACGUGAAGCAUCAUAAGACUAGCAAUAAUCCCUCGUCAACCACCACAAACUGUGAUUCAAAUAGUGAAUGUAGCUCUGUAAAUCCUGUGCCUACACAUACGUGCACUUCCGGUCGGCGGGAGGCCGACGAGACCGAGGAGGGUGGCAAGCCCGAUCAAGAUAGCAGCAAUUGCAAGGAGGCCAGCAAGCCCAAUAACAACUCAGUCGCGAAUUGUGAUACGACAAGAAAUACGGACGAGAAUGUCUUGAAUCAAAAAUCAGGACACAGCGACACAGCCGCUCCGAUAGCGGACGAGAGCAAUAAGUCGUCCGAUGAGCAGAAGCCAGUCAACGAUGAAAAAAACAGGAGAGUGUUGCGGGCCCGCGACAAGCAGAAGAAGGUUGAGAGCAGGCAAGCGAGUCGCAGCCUGUCGCGCGAACAUAUCGACAACAACGUGAAGGUCAAGACGGAAGUUCAGAAUACGAGUGUGGACAAGGUAGACGUCGACGAAGUGCAAGAUUCGACGCUGGACGAGACGAGCGUGCCUGAGAGCUCCCAGAAAACGGAAGACACGAGCGACUCGCAGAACAAUAACGAGGAUGUUGAUUCCCUCGAGCCACAGAGUCGCACUCGUCGCAGUAGAGACGGCAAGAGACGCAGGGAGGACCCGCCACCUCUGACAAGUGGUUUGAAGGCAAAGCGCACCAAGCGAGACCUGCGAAAAUCCGAUCAGCAGAACAAGGAGGAGACGCUGCUGGACAACGAAGUUGCCAAGAUCAACGAGAACAACAGAUCCUUCCGCAAGUACGGCGGCAGCGCCGGGGAGCGCACAGCGGACAGCUUCUGCAGUUACUUCGAGGAGGGUGCGCAGGAUGGACUCGACAAGCUCGAGAAGAGCUCGAACUUGCGCAGCAAGUCGGAGAAUGAUCUUACGAUCGCCGUCGACGAAGCCGGCAAGAACGAGGAGCGGCUGUCGCGCAAUCUGUCCGAGAAUCACGUGUCGAAACGGGACGACGAUGUGGACCUCUUGGCGAACGCGUGCAAGACCCUCAAGACGCCGGAGGCGAACGCGCAGAAAGACUUUGACGAAGCCUCCACGUCCGGCGAGUCGUCGAACAGCGGCACACCGAAGAUACUGGAAACGCCCGAGGACAAAGCGAAGAAGGAAUCGAUCUUGCGUGUUCUGGGCUUGGAGUCUCUGGAAAAGGCUGCCGAGCGGCUGAAUCAUCAGAAGGCGCGGAAGGAGCAGUACACGGGAACGCUGAAGACUAUCAUCAGAGUGCAAAAGGAGAAGGACAAGGACAAGAGGGGCUCGCGAUCACCCUUGAAAAUGGUUCUCAAGCAGCAAGGUCGCGGGGAUGGAGAAGGGGACUCACCCGAAUUCUACACCAUUCAAAAGGAGUUUGGAACCAGUGGUUUGGGAGAUAGCAGCUCUGAUGAAGAUAACGAGGAAGCUACGCCCAAGGAUCGUCAGUCACUUGUCAUUCCAGAGAAGUCCUCCUCCUUUUCUAUACACCCUGAGCGCUUGUGCGCCGACGUCUGUUGCUACUGCUUUGGGAAAUUCGGUUCUCUCGACACGCCAAUGCAUCUAGCCCAGAUGAAGUCUGACGAGAGGCGUAAAAAGAUCUUGAACAUAGAGAGACACCUUACGAAAGACUCGUGUCUAUGCGACGCUUGCUAUCGUCAUGUUGAUAGAAAGGCAAACACUAGCCCAACAAACAUGCAGCAGAAACCGCCGAAACAGCAUAGGCAGCUGAUGGUAUUGAAGUGUUCGGCUCGCGAAUGCAGAGAUCCAGCGCGGCAUAACGUCAAACGCCGUUGGUUACUCAAGAUAAAACUUGGUCUCCAAAAUCAGGUUGACAUUGACUGGGAGUCGAGUCAACACACCUCAAUGUCUUUCUGCGUAAAUCAUUAUGGUAAAAUCGAGCGCUUCUUAACGUGCGCGUUAUGCAAACGACGAUUGGUUCGCAACCAUACUCAUCAGCUGGCUAAUGCGGAGAUCGACGAACUGAAUCAAUUAGUUGCCCAGCAAGGAAUCCCCGUCAUAUUAGCGGCAGGCACAUUCGUCUGCAAAUUGUGCCGCUAUUUCACGCAAUUGCAUCUAAAGUACAAAGACGUGGACAAUAUGAACACGAAUAGCAGGAGCUUUUUCAAAAGUUACCGAAAGAGGAUUUUACAUUAUCACGACAUCGAAGUGCCCGAGUUCGAGGACGACGACACAGUGCAAAGUCAGACGAAAGACAAGGACAAGCGCAAGAAAUCUGCCAAGGGCGCGCAAUCCAAGAACUCCAAGUCACCGGAUCGUACGAUAAACUCGACGUCGGAGAAGUCGAUACCAGAACUGAGCAAGGGUGAAGGCGGCGCGAAUGAGAUGGACACGGAGAAUCGCACCGGCGCAAAGGCGAGUGUAAGCGACGAGACUGUCACGGAGGCUCAAUACUUCGGCCUCGACAGGGCUGUGGAGAAUCUGAAGAAGCGCAAGCUACUCGACCUGCAUACGUCAUACACGACGACGGAGUCGCCGGUGUCCUCGUGCGGCGAUGUUUCGAACGAUGUGGAGGAAAUUCUCGCGAUGGACAAGGAGGUCACGCUGACGCGACUGCCGAAAAGGGCGAGGGCCAAUAACAACGAUAUCGCGCCUGUAGUGCAGAGACUCGGUGCAAACCCCUCCAUAAGCGUGCGUACGCUCUUCCCGGGCGAAGAGGAGAUGAAUCUGCACGCCAAGAUCGAGUUUGGCAACGUGCGCGAGAUCACGCCGCAGGGCUGGGAGAAGUGUGCCACUAUGAUCCAAUACGAUCGCGACACCAAGCUGCUCUGGCAAGAGCUGCAGAGACCGUACGGUAACCAGAGUUCCUUCCUCCGGCAUCUGAUCCUACUGGAGAAGUACUACCGAUCCGGCGAUCUGAUACUGGCGCCGAACGCCUCGCGGAACGCGAUCAAUUACUCCACAUCGGUGCAGAAUAGACUGAUAUCCUAUGAGGGCCCGGAGAAGAUGGAUGAGCCGAUAAUGGAGCCGAUCGGAGUCCCCUCGGAGUACACAAACUCGCGUCGUCUCAGCGGCGGCUAUAUGAUGGAAAAGGACAACAGAUUGCCGUCCUUACCCAGCACGAGCUCUUCGUCGAUGAAGCCGUCGACAUCGUCGUCGUUGCAUCCGACGGCAAAGGCGAGCUCGUCGCCGCCGCGGAUGCUCAAGCUCAACACGGGGGUGUCGAUUAUUAAGAAACCGCCGCCCAACCUGCAGCGAUUCAGCAGUCUGCCGUCCACCAGCACAGCGAACGGCGGCGUGAAGCGAAAAGAGGCGCAGAGACCGUCGUCCGCUGUCCUCGGCGGCAAGAUGUUUCACUAUAGUGAGGCGGACAUCAAGCGGCUGCAGACGAUGAAGCGGCAGAAGCAGUUCAACGAGAGGCCACCCAGCGGCCCGAUGGUCAGUGUUUCCAGCUCGCCGCCCGGUCUUAAGGCCGUCAGCCAGUACCAGAAGGCCCAACUCGUCCAGCACAACCAACAGUUCCAGCAGCAUCUGCGAAUGCAGCAAGAGAUGCUGAAUCGCCAGAGCCGUGGGGACUUUGAGCCGCUCAUCUGCGACAUGCGCAGCAGCGGGACGGCGAACGAGAACAGCUCGACGCAUAAUCUCAUACAAAAUCUUAACCUGCCCAAAUCGAUUCAAGUCACGACCAAGCCAUCCAAUCCGAUCCCGAUUUUGCCGAAAAUUCCGAAAUCGCUGACGGUGAUACCACAGACCGUCACAAGACCCGUCGACAAAUGAGAAAGAACGAACGCGGGAGAUGUAAGUAAAUAGACGACGAAUAUGCAGUUCUUUUUUGUCUUGUGUUUUCGCGGCGGACGAACGAUCGGUCUUACGUUAUGCGCGCGGAAGAGCGCGGCUUGCUACGCGAGUGCCGAUAUCAAUCGGACCUCUCGAAAUCGUCGCCAAAGCGCGUGAUCAACGCUAUACAUGAUCAAUUUGCCUUACGUGAGCGCAUCGCAAUAUGCACUUACCGAGCCUGAAGCUCAACGUACACGCAUACAUUCACACACACACACACAGACACAUAUACCCGUAUGAUUAAUUUUACAGAUACGUUUAAGACUAAAUAAAUUAGUAAGUUAUAAAUAUACAUAAAGAAAUAUAUAUAUAUAUAUGUGUGUAUGUAUGUGUGUAUAUAUAUAUAUAUAUAUAUAUAUAUAUAUAUAUAUAUAUAUAUAUAUAUAUAUAUGUAUAUAUAUAUAUGUAUAUAUUUGUUGCAUCGAUCGUGAUCACACACAAACUCGUAGAUAGUAGGAUUAAUUCGAGCAAAUUGUGACACCUCGAUUCUAACGACAUUAUAUUAACAACCAAAGCUUCACUAUAAAAGAAAAAAAGAAACGCGUUAAACGAAACGUCGAACAAUGCUGUUCCCACGGAAAAGUGCCUAAAGUGACAACGGACGGAGCCGUUACUUUAUUAUCAAUUGUCUAAUUACGCAUGUGAGACUCGGGCUCUCGGAGCAGUAUGUAGAUACGUAUAUAUACAGGGUGUCCUGCGAGGAAACCGAUAAAUUCCUGUAAUGUAAUUACAGAAAUGUUCUGGAGGUAAUCCUAAGCAAAAAAGUUUAUAUACACUAUAGAUCAAUUCGGCUCAGUUAUCGAGAUGUCAGGAAUUUUUUUUAAUAUUGUAACAGACUAAAAAAAUAUCAGACUAUCAUUUAUAAUUUUCACUUGAAUAUUAUUAUCUUAAUCAUGCUAAUUGUUUAAAAUGUUUACUUUCUGCUUGCAAACAUACUGCUACUUGUAUCAUAAACCGCUGCCGAUUAAUUUCGCUAAGUUUAAUUCUUCAUAUCUCGAUAACUGAAACGAAUUGUGAUCUAUAGUCUAUAUGAAUUUUUUGGCUUAGAAUGAUCUUUAGAAUACAUUAUAGAAAUAUGUUUGUUUCUUCGCGGGACACCCUGUAUAAGGCGUCCGGUAAAAGUCCCGCUGUAAUUGGCGGCGGGACGAUCCCUCUGAAAACAGAGAAAAGAAUUAGUGAGAAAUGUAAAAUAUUCCCAGGAUACGCGCAAUCUUCGCAACGAGAUCGUAGUUGUGAACGGCACUGUCGUGGAGAGGAAUUAAGUUGGAACCUGAAAGAAACGUUCAAAGUUAAGUCACAAAGUUAGUCGCAGAUGUGAGCGCGCACGAAAGAUUGUGCAAGCAGAAGCAAGUUUGUAACAAAGCGCAAAGCAACGCGAGGAAGUUACGUAGAAUUACAUCAAUAAUCACACACAAUGCAUAAUUAUAAAUAACUGACACACAAUCGUUCGCGCGCGGCUCUCUCGUCGGGCCUUUUAAACUCAACUUUGGUCGCGUUGCUCUUCCCGCGAAGUUCAUCCGAGUGAAUUUCCGUAACGUAUCGUUGCAUAUUCUCUAUCAUUGUACCUCACCAUCUCGCAGGAUCAGUCGAAACUAACUCCUUCAUGUCGCGCUGAUGCUUCCUCGCGAGGAGUGAUCACCUCGCCGCCAAUAAUAUGUCGCGAUUUAUCGGACGCCCCGCGUGUGUGUACACACACACGCGGAACGAAUUUAUCAUUGUAGCAGCAUUGCAACCGAAUUAAUUUAAGCGUAUUGCUUAUGUUGUCCUCAUCUCUUUCUGUUCUCUUUUUCUUUUCCUUUUUUCUUUCCUUCUUUACAUUUAGUUAGGAGUAACGUAGCGGGAAGAGAGUGGGUAGAGAAUCUUUCUGUAAGAUCCGUCGCACGGAAGAAGAGGAUAAUUUAGACUAUACGGAAAUCAUUUCGGUGAAUUUACUUGGUUUCGGUUCAUUUUCUUUUUUUUCCUCUCAUAGACCUGAUAGACGCGCAUCGGACAUAUCUAUUUUUUUUCGUAGGGAUUAAGGGGGCGAAGAUGCGGGCUGGGUGCGAAAAGGGUGCAGAGAGAAAAGAAAUAGAGUUAUAUAUAUACAUAUAUAAAUAUAUAAUCGGAAUCGUGCGAUCACACACAGACGACGAUUGUUAUCGGUAGUUCGUUCCUCUUGCAACGCGUCUGAAGAAUAAAGGGAAGAAAAAGAAUUUUGAUACAUACAUAGGCACACACACACACACACACACAUACACACGCGCGCGCGCGCGCAAAACACACAUCUGACAGUCACGCGGCGAUCGCAUGCGAGCGGUGCACCGCGAGUUCAUAUAUUUUGUCUACGCAGAAAUUCUUUCACGGGCGUCUCUCCCGAGAGACGCGAGAGACAGGCGACGUCGCGGGACACCGAAUAAUUGUAAAUUAUUAUCAAUAUUGGCCUGCUCGCGACCUUAGGAACAUAAUGACGAUAUUGUAAGUAAUAAUGAUCAUAGAUAGAGCACGAGAGAGGGUACGUUUAUAAACGAAGCUAUACGUGUUUAAGUGCGAGAGAGAUAGGGCGAGUACGCCACGUAAGGAGCUAGAUUUACGUUCUUGAGCUUAUUUAUUACGUUAUUAUGCAUUAACGCGUUGUACAUAUAGAACGGUAAUUAUUCUAUACUUUUUAAUCGAUCAAUCAUAUGACACACAGACGUUUCUCAAAACGAAUCGCGUGCGCGUCCCGUUCCGAGUUCGACUUUGCCUCGAUCACGAUGGACGCGGAUAGCGUCAGGUCGGCGAUCAAGGCGGGACGCGUCGGUUUCCGGGAAUUUUUCUUUCCCUUUCCUUUGCCCUUCGCGUUUCUCAUUCUCCUUUUCACGUUUUCUCCUAUCUUUUACACGCGCUCGCGUGAAGAAAAAUGCGGCCGAUCGGGCCUCUCCUAUCAUUCGGCAUUCGCCGCGCAUCGCCACGUUCCUGUUAACAAAUGCGAGAUUCUCCUUGCACCCCGCGUUACAAACUGCCGGCGGGAAAUUCUCUCGUUUAAGUUUUCGUGCGAGAAACAGCGGCGGAACAAUGUCGCGGGAACAGUCGUCGCGUCAGAGUAACGGUUGCGUCCAGCAGAGAGAGGGAGAGAGAAGAAAAAGAAAGACAGCUGCUUUGCAACUGUGAUAAAACUUGCGAAUCUGAUCGGUAUAUUCUCUGGGAGCCAGCUGGAUCUAACAGCAUGCACGAAAAUGAAUUUACACGAAAAUUGCAACGGUUGCAAAGCAGUGUUUUCUGCUGAACGUAGCUAAUGUCUCUAAUCGACAGUUGGCCACGUGCGUCUCACGAUCUUUUGCGCGCACAGUCGAAGAGAAGACACGAAAUUCGUAUUUCGCAUCUUCUCAAGAAUUCAUCGCGGAAUGAUCUCUCGCGUACACGGAUUUGGAUGGUUUUUUUUCGUAAAGUUUUUUUUAUCUCGAGAUGUCGGGAAUACCAAAUAGAAGGCCUAAGAGUGGGGCUUUUAUUUGAUUUUUGUCGAAGUUUGCAACAGUAUAAUAGUCUGGAAUUUCUGAGUUUGUAUAAAAAAUAGCUGCGACUGUCUUGGAUCAUUGUAUCAUAGAUUUUCUCUGUUACAUUAUCGCAUUAUUUGCCUUAUUGUUAUACACAGAUUUAGCUGAUUUAUAUUAUUUAUCACAUAUUAACGUUUCUUACAUUGGUUUUACGUUAUCGGUAAUUAUUCGUGAUUAUUCACAUUCAAUUGCGAUUUGAUUGCUUCACCCGGAUCGGUUGAGUCUCGAUAAGUGAUCUCAAUUUCUAGUCUAGUACCAGUUUAAAUUCUCUUCUCGUGUGUCAUUGGGAAAACAGAUAUUCAGAUCAUACGUCUUUGUCUCUCACUAGAUUUUACUUCUGUAAUAUUGCCAUGCAAAUUGGAGAUUGCCGAGAGGAAGAAUAAAAAAAAGGAAGGUAAUGCGCUUGUAAAAUUGUCCUCGUAAAAUUUAAUUCUCCACUCGCACGAAUAGUAGAGAGAAAAGCAUUUACUCGCACGUGGCCUCGAUUUUUAUCAUGCAUGCGUCAUUUAAUCGAAUAUACACACUCGAUCAUUGUCGUUACACACGAGUCAAUUCACCAUUUAGCCGUCUGCAAUUUUACCUUCGUAUUUACCUUACAGUCGAGAUAUUCGCUAUUUUAUACGCGUACAGAUGAGAGUUUCUAAUAGUCGCAUUAUUUUCACGCGCACCCGCGUUGUUCCUCCGCGAUAUCGUUCGUUCGCGAAUUUACGCGGGGCGAUAACGAUUAACGUCAUUAACAUUAAUCGCCCAUUCGCAUUUUCACGAGGUCGCGGCUGUUUUGCGCGGUCGCGCGCGUCGAGGUGGGUUUCUUCGUGCAAGAGAAUCUGGCAUCCGCGGAGGAACGGUAUAUAUUCCUCUGGUAUAAUGUACAUAUAAAUAUACCUCUGAGCAUUGAGGACAUGUAGAUACCUGCUCUGCGACGUAAGGUACACAUAUAUACACACACGCUCAUACAUUUACAGAUACACUGACAUAUUAAAAAAAAAAACGACCCACAAGCAUACAUUUCUAUAUUCAUAAUACGAAUAUAUAACGCAUGCACUUGUGCGCGCGAAUGUACGAAUGAAGGUAUGUGGGUAUUAAAUGUAAAUUGACUAUAUAUAUAUUAUAAUAUACACACGGCGUUAUAUAUAUAUAUAAAUAAAUAAAUAUAUAUAGUAUAUAUAUAUAGUAGAUAUAACACUAUAAUAUAAAAAGCACUUCGCGGUAUGUUAUACAUAUAAAUGCUCUAUUUUACUGAGGAUAUUUUUGAUAUAUAUCUAUAUAUAUAUAUGAAUAUAUAUAUAUAUCGAAGAGUAAAGAGAGAGCACUGGCGGCGAUAUAGCGAUUGAUCAAUAACAUAGAUAUCGUUAUUGACCAUCGGCGGGAUUAUCUAAAAUCGCAAAUAGCCGUUUGUGGAGUGUGCUGCAAAGAGAAACUAUAUAUAUAUAUAUAUGUAUACUUAUGUAGUAAUUAUGUAAAACGAGAAGCGGACAGAGCGAGUGCAACGCGUGCGUACCGAUUUUUUCAUCUCACUUCUCACUCUUGUGAUUAAUGAAAUUUUAGUGGCUAGGCUUUCCGCGUGACUCGCUAUUGACUGAGAGAAAAACGGAAACUUUAACGGACUCUCCUCUUUUCUUUCGCAGCGAAAAGGCAAAAGAAAAAAGAAAAGGGAGAAAGAGAUAACUCGAAGAUCAUUUGUUAUUGUCGUGAGACUUGUUAUUUGUCGAUCCUUGCAGUUAUAUAUCAUUGCGAUAUGUGCGCGUGAGAAAGACUCUGUAUAUAUUUUAUCGUAACGUUCUGAGCGAUACACUCACGUGCUUUCUUUCGAAAUACCGCGAUUGCCCUUACAGGACAAGGAAGGACGAGGAAGCGGACAACGCUCAUUGCCGGCGCGAGUUUCCUCUGUAUUAUUUUGCACGAAAUCAAGUUACGCGGAAGUACUCGUGCGGAGUGUCCCCCCCUUUUUUUAUAUGUAUUUUUGAUCCCUCGUCGAUGAGUGAGUGAGUGAAUGAGCGAGCGCGAUUCGGAAACUGCGAGGGAACAACCCACGGAACGUUCGCCGUUCGCAAAUUCCGAGCUCUCGUUCGCGUCGAAUUGCGCGACGCACUCGAUUUUUUUUCGGUUUUCGACGAGUGGUCUCGCUAAAGAGUUGUGCACUACUACACGCGCUUUCGUAUAUUUUUUUUGUCUGUCUGUCUCAACGGCACACUCCACGGCGCGGCGUCCGGCCACGUGUGCACACGUGCGAUGCGCGCGACGAAGGAAGAUAUUGGAUCGCGAGUGAACUGAGUUUAAGUUUGAGAAAUUCUAUUUUUCUGGCGGCACAGAGAAAGUAUAAUUAUCGUGUUGCGAUGUCGGACGAACGGUGUCUUGACUCUUCGGACGACCGAUUGCGUUGACUUUGCGCUUAGAGACAAUCAUUGUAGGGAGACAGAAAGUAUCAUUCGCGGGAGUCAAUUGUUUCUCUUGUUUUUCGUUUCGAAAAGUCGGAUCUGUGUUAAUAGCUGUUACUUUUCUUUUCUAAAACUUGGUUCAAGUGAGACUUUCAGAUUUGAAUUUAGAAUCAGACGAUUACUUUCCAGUUGAAUCACGAUUAACAAAUAUAAGUGUCAUAUGUAUCAUAAUUCAAUUUAAAAGCUUGGAUCGGACCUUGAAUAAAAAUCUGAAUAUCUUACACGAAACAAGUUUGAAGUGACAAAGUACCAGUAAGUACCAGAAAUAACAGUAAAAACUGUUAAUAUGAACCUAAGGCUCUUAUUAAUAUUUGCCGCUUGGAACUUGUCUCAUAUAUACUCAGAUUUUUAUUCAGAGAUAAAUCCAAAUUUUUUAUUUGUAUCAUAUGAUAAAUAUGAUAUUGUAUGAUACAUGAUAUUGUAUGAUAAUUUAUAUAUAAUAUCAUUUAUAUUAUUCGUGAUUCAACUGAGAAACUCUCCUUUAAUUCUGAACUCAAAGUUGAGUAUCUCACUUAAAGUUUCACGUAACAACUAUUAAUAAGGUUCGUAUUAAUAAGUUGUUACUUGAAACUUGUUUCAAACUGGAUUUUUAGUUUCGAAUUUAUAAUUAGAUGUGAAUUUCUCAAUGGAAUAGCGAUUAUAAAUAUAAUGUGGCAUAUAUCAUACAUUUUAUUUGAAGAAUUUAGGCCGUAUCAAUAGUCCUUACUUGAAGCUUGUUAUCUCACAUGAAAUCCUCAGAUUUGUCUUUAGAGUUAGAUCUGAAUUUUUCAAUGAUCACAUGAUGCACAUGACAUUAUACUUACAAUCGUGAUUCUUUAAAAAAAUUCAUUCUAUUUAAUUAUAAAAAAUUAAUUUAAUUAUAAAAUUUAAUUAUAAUUAAUUUAAUUAUAAAAAAUUCAUUCUAUUUAAUUAUUUAAUUCUAAACUCUCAAAUACGAGCAUCUCGUUUGAGAUAAGUUUCAAGUAAUGAGUAUUAAUAGUUAUUGUGAAACUCGUUUCAAAUGAGAUUUGAAUUAGAUGGGAGUUUUUCAGUUGAAAUGCGCGCGAUCACAGAUAUAAAUGUCACAUAUAUCAUAAUUUAAUUGAAAAACUUGAAUCUGACAUUGAAUCAAAGUGUAAUGCCCAUAUUAAUAGUUAUUAUUUGAAACUUAUCCUACAUGAAAUACUCAAAUUUGAAUAUAGAUUUAGAUGAAAGUUUUUUAUUUGAAUUAUAUAAUACAUGCGACAUUAUAUUUGCAAUUGCGAUUCAGCUGAGAAACUCAGGUCUAAUUCUAAAUCAAGAUCUAGAUGUCUUAUAUAUCUGGGUGUUGUCUGAAGUAAGUUUCAAGUAGUCUUUAUUUUACUUUAUUUCAGUUUACCAUGUCAAGAAGUUUUUAAGUUUUACCUUAACCUUAUUUUUACAUUUUUCCUAUAUCUCUACUUCUUUCUUUUCCUUUUUCGCUUCUUAUCCUACUCCUUUUCCUUUUACUUUUUUUUACCUCUUAUCCUAAAUAUUUCUAAUCCUAUACUUGGCAAAUUCUAUCCUUUGGAUUUCUUAUCCUUAAAUUUCUUAUCCUAGAUUCUCGGAAGUUUGCCAUGUCUUCCGAGAGGAAAGUAAGUUUCAAGUAGCGAUUAUUAAUACGUAUCUUGAGCCUAUGUUAAUAGUUAUUGCAUCAGAAAAUUUAGAUGGGAGCUUUCCAGUUAAAUUGCGGUAAUAGAUAUACAAAUGAUACAUAUAUCAUAAUUUAAUUGGAAAACUUGAAACUUCUAACUCUGAAUAAAAGUUUAAAUACGCCACAUGAGAAAAUGUGACAAUUAUUAAUACGAGCCUCAGAUCUAACUUUGGAUUCAAAUCUGAAUAUCUCACGUGAGACAAGUGUCAAGUAAAGACUAAUAUGGUUCUAAAAGAGACGUUGAAUACAUAAUUUAUAUAUAUGUAAUCGUGACCAUUUGAAUUCUCAAACUCCUUUUACGCGGUUGACGGUCGAUGUAAGAUUUUUUUUUUUUUUAUUUACGUGGCGACAUUUGGCUGUCGACAGGCAAGAUUGUCUCACGACUGUCGCAACUUAUCGUAUGCUCAAUUUAGCCCCGAUCUGAUCGGCAUCGCGGAUCCUAAGAGUCAAUGUACGUUCCGAAGACGCGUCGGGCGCGGGUUAUGCCCCCGCAUGCGAGGAAAUGUUGUGAAAACGCGAGUGGAUGAAGGUGCUGCUGCGGAAGCUUCGACCCAAGACCAAUUGUUUGUCACAACGUCAUACCCUGCGUCGUGUACGGCGUUUUAACAUGAAAGCAAAAUCAUAUCACACGGAGACGACGUUUGGAGUGUUUGAAAAAUAUAUAAAACGACAAAAAAAAAGAAGAAAAAAAAAGACAUCCGUCGGUUUCGUAGAUAGAAUUCAUGCGUGAUAAGUUAUAAUAGAUAAGAGUGAAGGAAGUGAUGCAGAGUUUGUUAGAAAAUUAUUUUAAACGUAUUAACAUAUAUUAUUUGUAAUAUAUAUGUAUAUCAUUAUUAUGUUCCGUUUAGUUAUUCCAUGGGGGAAAAUAUGGUGAUGAUGAUGAUGAUGAGAGAGAUGAUGAUUUGUAACGUUGCGAGACUUGCAACGAGUUUGCUCAAGUGUGACUGCGACCAAAUUCUCUGACACGUGUAUAACGCGAAGUGUGUGUGUGUGUGUGUCAACUGUGUAUUCACGGUAGCAGCUUCAUCCGCUUGUCAUCGAUCGACCGUUUCGCUUCUCCGAUGACAAAGGCACCGGUGCGCGCGCGCGCAUUAGGAUCCGUUUAAUUAAUUCGCGACUAGACAUUAAUCGUGAAUGAAUCUUUUUACGAAUUCGAUCUUGUCAAUUAUGUAAUUUUUUUUCUUUAGUAUGAAAUCACGAAAAGUGAAUAAUUUUGCAGUACUCGGAGGCGAUCAUGAAUCUUUUCCUCCGAUGUAAACUCGUGAAAAAAGUGAACAUUCAUAUAUAUUUUCAAGAUUAGAUUUGUCACUUUUCACAAGUUCACACUGGGGGAAAAGACUCACGAUUGACCCUGACGGUCCUCUCGGACGCGUGGAAACGCGACUCCCUCAAUGAAUAAUAUCUCGUCUCAUUCGAAUUUGCAAAAUCCGCGCGCAUUUUUGUCAUCGCGGACGGCGAAACGGAAGAGAUAUCGCGGCCUUGGCGACGAAUGGAUCUCGAAGAUAGUAGAAAGCGAAAAGAAAAAGAAGUAAAUGAGAGUGUUUCUCGAAGCGGCGAAUGUGAUGGGGAGAAAAGCGAGGAAAAUUGCGUUGCGUCGCGCAAAAUGUUUCGGUGUUCUUUGCGUGCGCGUGGACGAGACUAUUUUUCAAAAAAAAAAAAAAAAAAAAGGGAAAAGAAAUAGCCGAUGCGGCGAGAUCGAGGAGACGAGCGAUCGAGUCGCGUUUUGAUAUCGUGUGCCUUUUUAAUAAGCGCGCUGAGUCUGCCUGAUGCCGUCAUUCGAGUCUCCCCUUCAAAUUCGUUAAUCAAAUUCGAUCGUGGCGGUGGAUACUUUUUUCUUCUUUCUUUUUUUAUUGCUUUCAAGUUACGCGGCGUUUAAAGCUUCCCUCGCGAGCUUUCUACUUUUGAGGGGUGGGAGGAAGGGAAGGUACGACAUGUUUGCAAAUUCGCAAAUUGCAUUCGCGAUCACAGGACUCGAGAUUUCGUGUGUGCUAUUCAGACAUUCUCUGCGAUAUUUGCAAAUCAAACGGCUUUGAUUUCCGCGUCCUUGGGAUUCGGCUUCUCAUCUCUCGAUCGGCCGUCUCUCUCUCUCUCUCUCUCUCUUUCUCUCUUACAAAAGUGAUAUUUUAUUAGUGGAACGGAAGGUGGUAUAGAAAUGAAACGUGUAAACGCUGCAUGAAAUCGAAGUAAAUGAGAAGCAAUAAACGCGCACUUAGAUUUUAAGACGUGUAGCUGGAUCUCUCGAGGAUGGCGAUUUUAUUAUACGUCUUUACAGACGUCUCUGCGGACACGCCGAGCACUCCGCGCGAGUCCGUGUCAUUCGUGUCUUUUUUUCUCUCUUUCUCUCUCUCUCUCUUUCUCUCUCCCCCCCCCCUUCCCUCUCUCGUUCAGAGGUGUCCCUGAGAAAGCAGAAGAAAAACUGAAAGAAUUAAUAGUUAAGUUCACGACGAAUUCAAGUGAAUUAAAAGGAAUGGCAAGUAAGAGUUGUCAUCGCAUUUAUCUUUUGCGCAACUUUUGCACAAGAAGCGAUAUCAAACGUCGACAAUUGCGCGGUAUAUCCAUGUAGUUAGUAAAGUAAUAAUUACGAAGUAAGUCUGUCACCACAAGAAAUUUCUUCCACUGAUUGGUGAGUUGUGCGGCUUUUAUCGUCAUCUUGGACUCUAAUUAUCUAAUUGUUUGUGAUAUUCACAGAAUAAUAUUGAAUAUGACUGUUCUUUAAAAGAGAAAGUAUAAUUUACUGAAGGAGAUCGGUCACACUAAUCAAUGUUGAGCUUUAAGUUGCUCACUGAACGUAUCGAUUUCUAUCGAUUAAAUGCCUCUAAAUGUAUAAAUCUUCUGAUUGGCUUUCGGUCACAUUUAGAGACGCUUUUAUCGAUAAACAAGAGUUUUCAGAACAAGGGUUAAAGUGAAACGCAUACAAACAUAUUGACUCAGUAUUCGACUCACAGUUUCAAAAUUAUAACAAUAGAAGAAUAGGGGAUAGUAUCAUAGAAGAUCCAUCUAUAGUACACGCAGACAGAUUUGUGAUCCAUUGUGUUUCACUAUGUAGAGAGAAACUAUUAUUUUAUUACAAAAUUAUAUACAAAUACAACAAGUAUAUAAAUAUAUAAAUAUAUAUAUAUAUAUAUAUAUAUAGACGGAAAAUAAAUAAUCUAUAGAAAUGUACACAUAUACAUAUAUAUAUAUAUAUAUAUAUAUAUAUAUAUAUAUAUAUAUUUCGUUACAAACAUUAUAUCAUAAACGUUGGGAAGUGUUUAUUGGUUUUGAUUGUAUAAACGUUGUGAUAAUGGAUCAUAACAGCUAAUUCGGUAUUAUUUUGCACAUUAUUUUUUUGACAUUUUAUGCGCAAUAUUUUAGAUUUUAAUCUUUUAUAAUGUCAAUGUGCAAAAUUAUUAACCGAUGAUUACGAGACCCGCGUUAUUAUUUAAUUUAUAACAUAUAAUAAUAGUUCGCAUUCUCCCAGACUUAUAAUUCAAUGCGUUAGUCAUUGUACUGAUCUCUCGUUAGUGAGUGUUCCGAGCGUUAUUUCAUCAUUGGAUAAUUAUACAAGGAUUGCGAUUGUAUGGUUGGUGAGAAGCUACCUUCAUAGUUGUAUCAUCAGAGUUUAGCAUUUCGACAUAUUUGCCGUUCAGCGGGAGAUCGUAUACAAACGCGAUUAAUUGCAACCCAAAAUUCAUGCAAAUUUUUAUUUUGUUCGCGUGUGCAAUUUUUGUUUGUUUGGACGUCGCUUUUAACUUACGCGUAUAAAUCGUUGAAGAGGGUCACUUAUUAAAAGGAUGGCCGAAAUAUCGAAACUUGAAGACACUUGUUAUACAAUAUAAAAUAAUGCGCUAAUAAUUGUGGCAACAAUGCUUUACUUACCAUUCCUUUUUCUAUGUUUGAACAAAAAAAGAAAGAAUGUCGCGACGACCGAAUCGAUGUCGUGAAAACGAUUCCUUCCACUGUUCUCUCUUCUCGACAAUGUGUUCAAAAAUUCAAUGUCAGCGUCACCGCGGAGAUUGAAUCGCGUGGUCGAAGACUUAUUUGCAAAAAUCAAGGGAGAAAAUUUGUGGCAUCAUCUGCAUUCCUCCUCAGAAAUUGCGAAAGUCAGUUCGACUGGAUUUUCUCGAAUUAAAGAUUUGUUGCUUCGAAUUCUCGUCGAAAAGAUUUUCGAGCCGUCUGAGCCUUCUUUCGAGCGAGCAUAUGGUUCACUUAUCUUUGAGAAUUUCCUUUACUUUACCUAGAGAUAUCCAAGAAACCAAACAGACGUGACUUAAUUCAAGUGCAUGAUAUGAUAUCCAGAAUGUCAUUCCGCGAUAAGAAGACUAAGGGAAAGAAAGAGAGAGAGAGAGAGAAAAAUGUGGCCUUCAUCAUCCGCGUGACACGAGAAGCUUUUUCAGAAAGUCGCACGUGGUCGUAUCGGGGACCGCGCUGUGUUCAGUGAUCCCAUUCUGCAACUUUUAACGACAGUGUCCUCGAACGUUACGUCGUUGUCGCGCAGCUUUUCUACUGUUAUAUUUUACUUGCGUAACAACGAAGUAGCAAUAACGACACUUGAUGAUGGAAAGCCGUUAAAAAUUACAGAACAGGUAUACAGGUGCCUCAAAAAACGAACGACUUAGCAUUCGUUCUUAGAUACUACGAGCCAAACACGAUCGAGCGAUGCGUCAGCUCGAUCGUGCAUCCGAUGACGACGCGACCAAGAAUGCAAUAGAAAGUCCCUGAGCCUUUUUAGUCCGCGCUUUUCCCGAUACGGCCCGAUUUCGGUCCCGUUUUCCCGAUAUUUUCCGUUAUCCCGUUUCGUGGAUGUGUCGAAACGCACAACUUUUGGAACAUGGACAGAGAGAAAGAGAGAGAGAGAGAGAGAGAGGAGGGGGAAAAGAAGGGAAGUUCUCGUUGCGACUCGAGUGCGUUUUUACGCGUCGCGAUCGCUCGUUUGCUCUUCGCAAUCGAACCGCGACUACGAAUCGCUCCAGGGUGUUAUUUUACGACGCGAGAAAAGAUGCGGAACUUGCAAUAUGGUAUAGACGUGCAUUAUUCCUUAAAAAAAUAUAUCAAAAUUUAAAAGGUGGGACCAUUUCCUGAGGAGUCGUAAUUUUGAAAUUCAAAUACUGAGACGAUCUCUCUGAAGUACAAUUUUACCGAGAUAUCAAGGAAUUGUCUCCUUAUAUAGCUGCAUGAAAAAAAGAGUUUGUUAUCGGAAUUUUGUUCAAAUUGACAAGAUUUCUGGUUAACUUGAACAAAAUUCACUGGGAAGAAACACUUGAAAAUUUACUUGUGGGACAUAAAGUUUAUUUGUGUGAAUAAACUUUAUAUCCCGCAAAUAAAUUUUCGAGUAUUUUUACUUCCCAGUGUGAGUUGAAGCGGAAUUUUCGUGUUUCACCAGAAACUUGCUCAAUCCGACAAAACGUUUUUUCUCGUGCGCAAGGUCAUCAAUGAACACCGACCAAUAACAGUAACAUCACAUCAAUAUUCUAAUUUCUCAUUCGACAACGUAACUGUGGUGUACAUGUAUUAUAUUACACUCGCUGAGUGAGAAAUUAUAACAUUGAUGUAGAGCAACAAUGUUAAUUGAUUACUGAGUCGGUAUCUAACUCUCUGUUCAUUUGCAGCAGGAGUGCAGCCAAAAGGGUGAAUGUUCCUUCUCGGGACAAUUGUACACGUCGGGAGAAUUGUAUUUCCGGAAUAUGUCGUCUCGCUUUACAGGAAACUCCGGGAAAUUGUCCCAAUUUUGGAGGUCUUGAUUUUUCGGGACAAUGCGCGUCCACAUUUGCAUUAUUUGCAAUGUUCCCAAUGCGGUUAGUGGUGAAGUUGGACGCGGAUCAAAAGGGGAGGGGAGGGGAAAGAGAGGGAGGGAGUGAUCGAUACCGGCGGCGAAUCACCGAGGUGUACAUCCGCCGAUCGAGAGUUCUCGGCGCGUCUUAACGACGUGUAAUUAAGAGUUAUCGUUGCGCCCUUACGUAAGACUAAUGUUAAGAUUAUUAUUUUGUACAAUAAGAUCCUCACGAUACUGCGCGAUACUGCCCGUCACGACCCGUCGGCGCACCGUGACACCGUAAUUAACUUCACGUACGUUCGUCUAAUUUAGUUUCGGCGCGCGAUAACGCGCUAUCGCGCGACAUCGUCGCGAGUUACGAUGUAUGGGAGGGAAGCGGUUGAUGAUGGAUCGCGCCGAGACCGUUGUUGGUGUGCACGCGAUCCAAAUCGAUUGCGAUCGCUCUCUCCCUCCCUCUCUCUCUCUCUUUCUCUCAAGAGAGCGACGCAGCAUCAGCGGUACAUCGAUGCCGGUAUCGGUCCCCUGUGAGACCGCUUAUCACUCGUUGCAUCGUCUGAUUAUGACGAUCUCGGACGACGAAAGAGACUUUAUGUCGCAGCAAUAAUCGUCGCGGUGAAUGAUUCGCGCCUUUUCCACGGGAGAUCGUUUCGUCCGAGAGGAACGCGUACACUGAGAAGAAAAGACCACCUGAACAUUAAUUUGUGGGGUAUAAAGUCUGUGAAAUAAACUUCAUUUCACACAAACAAACUUUAUAUCCCAUAAACAAAUAUAUCCGGGUAUUUUCUCUCAGUGCGACUAAUCUCGUUCGAUCGAGGAAGAAGCGCGGGACGUUCGAUCGGGAAAGAGAUCUAUCUGUCUGUCGAUCGCGAGCAUGAAAAUAAAAGUAAAUAGCGAAAAGAAAAUAAAAAUAGUGAUCCUCAGAGGAGAAUGAAGAAUGUAGACAUACAGGAAAAAGGGAUAAAGAGCGAGCAGAGGAGGGGGAGGCCUCACCUCUGUGUGUUCGGGGCCUUAUCCGAUCUCGGCGCGUCCAUGCUCACACGAAUACAUACACACACACAUAAAGGCGUGUAUACUAUACAUACACAUACAGACAAUACAUUCACAUACAUACAAUAACAAACACGCAGUUACAACUAUUAUGUUAUUUAUAUUAAUAUUAACACACGUUAACGUUAUUAUCAUGGUAAUCCUUUGUUUAUUUAGUCUUUAAGUACAAUAGUUACGACAAUUAGUUCUCGAUCCUUUGUAUAUAUAUAUUCGCAACUCUCAAUAAAAAAGGUAAAAAAAAGG